AUGGACCAAGAACUCAUAACCCUUCUAAAUGCUGCAUCGAGUCAAGAUCUUCAGAUUAUGAUGCCUGCUAGUCAGCAACUCAUGCGCCUUACCGAAGCAGCAUCGUCUGCAGAUGCAUCUUCCGACCAAUGUAUUUCACAGUUUUACUCUCGUCUUACUCGAGUCUUGGUCUCUGGUAGUUUUGAUGAUCAACUUCAAGGUGGUUCUGACCUCUCUCUUGAUGGCAGACUUAUCGGGUUCAUUUAUCUAAAAAAUACUAUUUCUGAGUCUAAAGUAUGGACUAGCCUUGACACAGACCAAAGAGCUACGAUAAAGUCAUUACUUUUGGAUUAUCUUUCUCGUGGUUCCGAUUCUGAACGCUUUUGCAAUAGAGUUGAGCUUGUUCCUCGACUCAGCGCAUGUGUCACAGAUUUAAUUUCACGCCUCGUCAAAGCUGAGUGGCCUAAAGGUCAGUGGCCUGAUGAAGCUUGGAAAUAUAUGGCCUCUGAUUGGUGUGCUUAUUUGACGCUUCAUCGAUGCCUCCGUGCCGCAUCAAGUUUCUGCCUUGCGUUGCGUCGUAAGCAAUUAGCAAAAGUGAUAGAAGAACUCAUAAUGCCCCAGCUUUUAACCCAAUGGCAAGCUGUUAUGUCUCAUCAGGCCAAUACUCAAAGUUGUGUCCGGCUCACUCAAGUUCUUACAACGUGCUUCCGAGUACUUCAUCAUCGAAGACACUACAAUAAGCCUAAUUUUGGCUGCAUUGAAAAGGAGCUAUGGCUCUUUCGGGAGAUAUUGCAGCGGUCUUUCGAAACUCUCAAUGCCAUUGCAAAUACUUCGGAUGGCUUAAGUAUAGUCAAGUUUAGCCUAGGUCACCUUGCUCGCAAGCUUUCAAAAUUGGUUGCAGUUAUCACAUCAUAUUGUGCUCUGGGAGCCUGUGCUGGCCAGCAAGAAAGCGCGGGUCGAUAG